AUGCCUUACAGCCUGAGACGAGCUAAGCAGUUAGUAUACUGGCCUGAGUUGAAUAAUGAAAUAAAACAAUAUGUAUUGAGUUCCAAAGUUUGUGAUAGAUUUAAAAAUUCUAAUAUAAAAGAGCCAUUACAACAUCACAAAGUGGCUAAACUACCUUUUGAAUUUAUAAGUUCUGGCAUAUUGACUUAUGGUGGUAAGGACUAUGAUUUUGUAUUUGAUCAUUAUUCAAAAUGGCUAGAAAUAAUCAAAAUAAAUUUUAAAACAGCUCAAGAAGUCAUACAACAAUUAAAAAAGAUCAUCAGUACACAUGUAUAUCCACAAAUAAUAUAUUCUGAUAAUCAACCUUAUAGUUCUGAUGUAUUUAAGCAAUUUUGUGUAAUGUAUAAUAUAAAUUUACUAACAUCUAGUCCUAGAUACCCUCAGUCUAAUGGGCCGGCAGAAAGAGCAGUACAAGCAGCCAAACAAAUGCUUAGGAUAGCUGAUUUUGAGAAAAAAGAAAUAUUAGACAUUUUGCUUGAUAAGUGGAAUACUUUAAAACCUAAAGUUCAAGUUAAUGAUGAAAACAGGAUGUUAAACUAUCAAGCCAACUAUAAAGAUAUUAUGAUAAAAGAACUAAAUCUAAAGAUGAGUUUAAUGCAAAUAAUGAUGUGGUUGUCAUAUGUAAUCAAGCUACAAAAUGGGCAAAUAGUCAGGCGUACAUCAUAUCAUUUACGUCACACAAAGGAACAACUCUAUAUUGACAAUUAUGAAGACACUGAUGAUAUAAUAUUAGGAGCAAGUAGUAAUGAAAAAGAGGAAACAAUUAAAGAUAGUUAA